GAUUCCUGUAGUGGUUCUACAGCAUUUCACCCAAGAAGCAGGGACCUGGUGUGACCCUCGUGGGAGAGUGAGCUUCAGGAAUGCUGUAAAAAUACUUUAUGUUGCCACAGACAUCUGAAUUGAUAAAAUGGCAGCCCAUGUAGCUUCCCAUCACCAACAGCAGGCAGCACAGAACAGCUUGCUGCCCCUCCUGAGCUCUGCCAUGGAGCCCCCUGAUCAGAAACCAUUGCUUCCAAUACCAAUAACUCAGAAACCUCAGGGUGCAUCAGAAACAUUAAAGGAUGUCAUUAGGAUUAAAAAAGAAAAACCCAAAACUUCAUUUGUGUGCACUUACUGCAGUAAAGCUUUCAGGGACAGCUAUCACCUGAGGCGCCAUGAAUUCUGCCACACAGGGAGCAAGUUGGUGUCCCAGCCAAAGAAAACCCCCACCAUGGUGUUUCCUCUUAUCUCUACCAUCGCUGGGGACAGCAACCAAACUUUGUUGGUCUUGACCAUUGCAGGCUUCUUGUCAACAGUCACUACAUCUUCCUCGGGCACCAACCCUAGUAGCAGUGCCAGCACCACAGCUAUGCCGAUGACUCAAUCUGUCAAGAAACCCAGUAAGCCUGUCAAGAAGAACCAUGCUUGUGAGAUGUGUGGGAAGGCCUUCUGAGAUGUGUACCUUCUCAGUCGGCACAAGCUCUCCCAUUCAGAUGAGAAGCCCUUCGAGUGUCCUGUUUGUAAUCAGCGCUUCAAGAGGAAGGACCGGAUGACUUACCAUGUGAGGCCUCAUGAAGAAGGCAUCACCAAACCCUGUACUUGCAGUGUUUGUGGGAAAGGCUUCUCAAGGCCUGACCCCUUACGCUGUCAUGUAAAACAUGUCCAUUCAACAGAAAGACCCUUCAAAUGCCAAACGUGCACUGCUGCCAUUGCCAGCAAAGACAGACUGUGGACACACAGGAUGCGCCACAAAGGCAAGGUAUCAUGUAAUAUCAGUGGGAAGCUCCUGAGUGCAGCAUACAUCACCAGCCACUUAAAGACUCAUGGACAGAGCCAAAGUAUCAACUGUAAUACAUGUAAACAAGGCAUCAGUAAAACAUGCAUGAGUGAAGAGACCAGUAACCAAAAGCAGCAGCAGCAGCAACAACAACAUGUGACAAGCUGGCCAGGGAAGCAGGUAGAAACACUGAGACUGUGGGAAGAAGCUGUUAAAGCAAGGAAGAAAGAAGCUGCUAACCUGUGCCAGACCUCCAUGGCUGCUACGACACCUGUGACUCUCACUGCGCCAUUCAAUACAACAUCCUCUGUGUCGUCUAGGGCUAUGUCAAACCCAGUCACAGUGGCAGCUGCAAUGAGCAUGAGAAGUCCAGUAAAUGUUUCAAGUGCAGUUAACAUAACCAGCGCAAUGAACAUAGGGCAUCCUGUAACUAUAACCAGUCCAUUAUCCAUGACCUCUCCUUUAACACUCACUAGCCCGGUCAACCUCCCCACCCCCGUCACUGCCCCAGAGAAUAUAGCACACCCUGUCACCAUCACAUCUCCAAUGAAUCUGCCCAUGCCUAUGACAUUAGCCACCCCUCUCAAUAUAGCAAUGAGACCUGUAGAGAGCAUGCCUUUCUUGCCCCAAGCUUUGCCUACAUCACCGCCUUGGUAAACAGUAUUAUAAAAUCAAAAUAUGGGUUAAAGUAAAUAUUUACCAGCAACUUAACUUUUAGUUGAUUAAAGCAAACAGUAAACCAUGAAAUU